AUGACUCAGAAAAAUGGCCAACUAGAUAAACUAGAGGAAAAAGAUGAAACCAAAGAGGAAGUUGAGAAGGCGGAACCAUAUGUGCCUCCACCACCAUACGAACCACCAACUCCUUACCCUCAAAGACUAGCUAAGUCCAAAAUCGAAGGUCAACUCAGGAAGUUCGUCGAACUCUUGAAGCAGCUUAAUAUUACCAUCCCUUUCACCGAAGCUAUUACACAGAUGCCCUCAUAUGCCAAGUUCCUCAAAGAAAUCUUAUCUAACAAUAAGAAACUUGAGGAUGAUGAGACAAUGACGCUUAACAUAGAGUGUAGUGCUAUCAUUCAGAAUAACAUGCCACCUAAACUAAGAGAUCCUGGCAUUUUUUCCAUACCCUGUGUGAUAGGGAAGUUUGUAAUAGACAAAGCCCUAUGCGAUUUAGGAGCUAGUGUGUGUUUGAUGCCCCUUCCCAUCUAUGAAAGACUCAAAUUGGGAGAGUUAAGACCAACGAGAGUGUCUCUCCAACUAGCAGAUCAUUCUAUUAAGUAUCCCAUAGGAAUGCUAGGGAACAUUCCCGUCUGA